AUGAAGGGAGCUAUCCUUGCUUUGGCUUUUGGCGCUUUCGCCGCCGUCCAUGCAUCGGAGGACGAGAAAAAGCCUACUCCUGCUGAAGGGGGCGCUGCAGCACAGCCUGAAGGCGCUGCUCCUGAGGACAUCAGCGCCAUUUUUAACGCUGAGGGAGGCAAGAUCGACUGGAACUCCUUCUCCCCUGAAGCCCUCGGCAUGCAGUUGAACUACGACGAGAUGAGCACUGAGGAGUUGGAGAAGGUUAUCGAUGCUUUCGUGCGUCUUGGUCUCAUCUCCCCCGAGGAGAGGGAAUCCUUCGGUGCCUCUCUGGUCGACCCAGUGAUGCGCAGCAUGAUCCAGACAGUCAAUGAGAACUGGCCCGCCACCAUGGAGAAGAUCAUGAAGGACCCCGAGUACCUCAACUUCCUCAAGGGCUUCCAGAACAACAUUGAUGAGGCUGCCUUGGCUACCAUCGUCGGUUUGAAGGAGGGUCUCCCCGGUGCUCUCAGAGACCGUGAGAACAACACUGAGGACAAGCAGUAA